CCUUGAUAAUUAAUUGGUACAAACUUUAAGUUUAUCUUUUAGUUCUUCCUACAUAGAACUUGAUUGUGAUCUAUGACCACAAAGACUUGCAUAAUGAGCAGCAUAGUUUUAAUCAGGGAUAUAAAUUCUCCCUUUUCAAAAUACCAUGCCCAGUAAGCAGCUGAAAACUGACUGGUAUAUGUUGUUUCCUAAUUGAACAUAUAGGUCUUCUGAAAAUUUUUUCUUUAAAAUGUCUGUCCUUUCAGUAUUAUAAGACUUGCCAAUGCAUUUUGUUGAACUUACUAUUUAGAUAAACCAAAACCAGGAUGUUACAGUAACUUGUGGACCUUGAGAGCGAACAGCUCUCGGUAAUUCUUUGAUUAUGGAGUGAGAGGACGUGUUACAUAUAGAGGUGAGGAGAUCGUGAGGCUUAUGGGAACAGUGCCAGUCAAGAUCUCUAAACACUCUGAGCCAACCACAGCUGGUCAAGCACUCCUACAGUUAAGGCACAACAUAACCAGUCAAGGGAUUCCUCUAAUCACUCUGAACCAAGGGAGGGACACGCCUAUUCUAACACUCCCCCACUUUGCACGUUUAGACUGGACUUGAACUCCAUGAAUACUGAAGAAGGCAGCCCUUUGGUGAAGAUAUCUACGUAAUGUGAAGAGGUGGGAACAUGCAGAACACGAAGAUCACCAAUGUCGACUCGCUCCCGGAUGAAGUGGAGAUCGAUCUCAAUGUGCUUGGUUCACUGAUGCUGAAUCGGGUUGGAGGUCAUGUAGACGGCAAUGAUGUUGUUGCAAUACACCAGUGUGGCGCGCCGGAGAGGGGCAUGCAGCUCUAGAAGAAGCUGGCGCAGCCAGGUGGCCUCAGCAACUCCAUUUGCCACCGCGCAAUACUCGGCUUCGGCACUGGAUCUUGACACCAUGUUCUGACGCUUGGAGGACCAGGAGAUGGGAUUGUCACCGAGAAACACGGCAUAGGCUGAGGUGGACUUGCGUGUGUCGGAACAACCUUCCCAAUCGGCGUCAGUGUAGGUAGACGGCCGCAGCAGGAGACCAAGAUGGAGGGUGUUAGAGAGCGAGCAGGCAGCAGCGUGCACGGAUCAGGGAGCAUGCAGAGGCUGAGCAGGGAAGAGAACAUGCAGCCGCACGCAUGGAUCAGGAAUGGAUCAGGGAAGAAGUGCGUGCAAUGCUGAGAGGUGACUAGGAUGAAGGAGAGCCAACCAAGGGCAUUAGCUAUAUUUAGGAGUGAUUAACCGGGACCCUGGCAAGGCAAGCAACAGAUUAGAAGGAAAUUCCUUCCUCUUGACCGGCCGUGGGCAGAGCCCCGCGGCUGGAUUCCCCUCAACCACGCAGCCCCAACCACGUCCAGAACAAUCUGGUAAUCGGAGCUCAGGCCUUGAUCCGCCCCCCGCCACCCCUGCUGCGCUGGCCAUGUUCCUCACCACUGCAGCCAUGGCUGGUCCUGGUUCACUCGCCGCACCGCCAGUGUUCACCACAACCAUGGCCACCGUGGUGCCACUACCUGCACAUCAGCCUGUGCCUUCCCCGGAUGCCUUCAACGCGUUGAGGGCGGCCAUCUACGGCCUGCAAUGCCAGAUGGGGGAGUUGUUGGCGCGCCUGGCGGCCGUCACGAGUCGAACAUCGCCCUCUGCACCACCGCCUAUACCGUAUGGCCUGCUAGGGUUCGGGGGCAUCUCGGCCCUUCCGACGUCGGUUCCGAUAAUUUCGGAGGUCUUCUCUACGCGGCAAGUCCUGCCUGCGAGUUCAACGCCUGGCCCUUUCCCACAGCCAGUCAGCUGGGCGCCGCCGCAACCGGCCAGCGGGCUCCUGACUGCCAAGGAGAGCAGCAGUCCGGCGCCGCUUUCCUCCUCUCCUUCACCGAUCCCAUCAUUCACAGCCCCCAACCUUGUGCCGCCACAGCAACACUGCGAUGGCGUCUUCUAUGGGGGCGUAGAUGGCAUCCAAGCAACGACGUCGGAGCUGCAAGCGGCGGUGCGCUGCCUUCUGGCGUGCCAACAGGGUCAGCGCCCCAUCUUCAAGCAGCGACGCCCAAUCGUCUCUGCAGCGACAAUCUUGCAGUAGCUCGCGGAGAGGAAGGUGAUUGCACGGGCGAGUGCCUGCAAGGUGUCUGCGGCGGUAGGCUGCGGCGCGGCCUCCUAUUGCGCCGGUGGCUGCAGGAGAUGUGCUAGCCUAUGCACGAGGCGACCUUAGCGACGGUCGACCUCAUCACAGGAUGGCCACCAACAAGCGCGCCGACCCAUUGCUAUC